AAAGUUCGGAAAUUGACACCUAGCCCAUUUUGUGUAAUCGGUGUUGAAAGCCGGUACUAUUUUUCAGUGAGGCGCAGUGAUAUCUAGUGGGGAGUGGCGCGGUUUUGGUCACAUGGACCAAUCAGGUAGCAGCUUUAUUCUAACAACAUACCUGCUAUGGCGACGACAACAUCCGAGAGUGAAGAGGAACGAAAGACCUCAAAAGUUAGAAAAAAAGUGCGUAAAGAGGAAAAUAAAAGAUGCUAUAUGCAUCUUUCAUCUGUGAACAAUGAGGACGUCCAGCACUUCACUCGGACACGGUGGGACACAUACAGAAACUAUUUAAAACAGUGGCUUUGUCUGCAAGACCAGAACAAGCAUCUGGCAGAAAUCUAUAAACAUUGCUCGGAUGUAGAUUUUGACGCUAUUCCUGACGACGCUGGGUUUCACGCAACAUGCUACCGACGUUUUACAGAUAAAUCUGCAUUGUUUUAUGCCGAGAAAAGGACCGCACGGGCGGUGGGAGAACCAUCUGCAGCCGCAGGUCAGUCAGCAGGCACGUCUGAAACUCCCCGAAAGAAACUUCGAUCUCGUUCAGGUUUGCCCGUUGCUUCUGCCGGCCCCGUCCUGCCAGCCAUCUGUAUAAUUUGUCAAAAAGUGGAAAAGUACACUCGUGUGGGAGGAAAACGCCAGAGGGAUCAACUCACACAAGCAGAAACCGUGUCGGCAGGCCAGUUGCUGAAGGCAGCUGAGAUUAAGAAAGAUGCUGCCAUUCUUCUGCACAUCAACGACAAAGACUGUGUUGCUAUAGAGGUCCGGUACCAUAGGACCUGUUACAGACAGUACACCAGGUUCUUGUCACUGUCUACAGCAACGCACACUGCAACCAGAGAUGAAGAAAUACAACCCUUUGCUGACAGCUACAACCUCUUCUGUGACCAAGUGAUCCGUCAAAGGAUUAUAAUUGACAAAGAGGUGCUGAGAAUGGACAAGCUAAGGAAGUUGUUCGUGGACACCGUUAAGAAGCACGAAGAUCUUGAUGCUUCAGGCUACAGGAGGGAUAAACUGAAAAGAAGGUUGGUCCGUGAUUUCCCCCAGCUGGUUUUCCACUGCCCUCCCCAGCGCAACGUCUCUGAAAUGGUUUUUGUUGAGACAUUAUCGUUAGCAGACAGGGUACCUCUGCCAUCAGGCACAUCACCAUCAUCUACCGAGUCAACUGAGGUGAGCCAAGCUGAAAGCCAAGCUGAAAGUGACAGUGAACACACGGCUAGUACAACAGCUGGUCAGAAUACCACGGAGAACACAAGGACACUUUACAGUGCAGGGCUGAUAUUGAAGCGCCUUCUAAGUGACUCUCCCGGUAUGAAAUGCCCGUGGCCUCCCACAGCAGAGGAUUUAAAUGUAUCUGAAGCUAAAUCUGUUGUGCCUGUUGAACUGUACAACUUCAUUGCCUGGAUUAUAGGUGCAACAGAAGAGCCAACACUAGCCUGUUAUGUUGAUGUUCCUGAUGAUGUGAAUCUAAAGGUUAUCUCUCUUUGUCAAGACAUUGUGUAUCUGGCAUCUAAAGGUCGAAAGCAGACACCCAAGUCAUUGUGUCUUGGUCUAACUGUUCGCCAUUUAACAGGUUCAUCAAAUGUUCUGUCACUGCUGAAUAGGUUAGGACAUUGUGCUUCACGGGACACAGUUGUCAGUCUUGACACUAGCCUUGCUCAGCUACAACUUUUAGAGGGUAGAAACAAAAUACCCAAGGGAUUCGCACAGAAGGCACCCACAAUACUGGUGUGGGACAACAUUGAUUUUGGGGAGGAGACACUGUCAGGUCAUGGAACUACUCACCACACAAAUGGCAUUAUGCUCCAAAGUUCUGUCACACCAUACCUUCACAGGUUGUGACUCGACCAGUGCCUUUCAUGGCAAGGGCAAAAGGAAGACAUUUUCUCUUGCUUGUCAGAAAGACGAAUACCUGACUGCGUUCUCAAAUCUGGGCAGCAGUUUUAACCUUGACCAGUCUACGUUCAAAACACUGAGCAAAUAUGUGUGCCACCUGUAUGGACAGGCAUCUGCCAAAGACGUGAACGAU